UAAUAAUAGUAAAAUGUUCAACUUCAAAAAGUGUUGCUGAAAAUAUAUUAAAAUAUACCAUCGAAAUUAGUACAGGCAACUCGUUAUUUUCAUCUUUGUGGUAUGUUUUUUUAUGUAACCAACCAAUGAUGAUUCAUACAAAAAUUAUAUUUUUUGCAGCUGAUUUAUAAUUAACGCUUGCGUCAAUGUUUUCUUGGUUCUUUUGUAACAAAGCUGAGAGGGUAGUUUGAUAAAAUUAUUAUAAAUAUGACGUCAUGUCAGCUGUUUUACGUGGUACGCCCAUAUCGCCGAUCUACCAUGAAAACUUUCUCCCACUAUAAACACGUGCCCUAAGAAGGAGUUGUACCAUUGUUGCAACAACAACAAAAAAAGAGAAAAGUAUUCACUGAGAAAGAAAGAUGUGAUUUUCAUCUUUAAACACCCUUGGUGUAUCAUAAACGUAGAUUUUAUCUAAAUCUACAAGUAUAUUAAAGAGAUUUGCAUCCAUCUUUCUAUGUUACACAAGUUGCCAAUGAAAACGUAGGCUUACAACUUAUUUAUACAAAAUACACAAUGAAAAUAUAUUAAUGAAAUGAAUUAGUUGUUAAAUUCUACAUCAUACUGUACACGUAGACUCUGAUAACCUACUUGAGUAAGGGAAUAUUUGAUGACUGAAAGCUGUAUUAUCGCGGUGUGCUGACCUCUAGAAUCCAGUUUAAGUUAAAAAUUUUCUGCUAUUUAUUGAAAUUAAAUAAUGCACUUUGAAAUAGCAUUCGUCCUUUGACAUUUCACAUUCCAAAUAAUUACUCCUUUCGUUUAACUAUCUCGUCUGUCUAAACAGCUGAUAUUUUUAUCUGAGGUCAAAGCCCGUGGUUAAAUUAUAAAUCACCUAUUUAGUUUUCAAAUUGCGAGAGAAACUCGUCAAAAUGACCGUUUAGAUAGCAAAAAUGAUAGUAGUUAAUUCCAUAGUUUGAGUGUCAUUGGAUAAUGAGAUAAAAUGAUUUGGCUUAUAUAAGAAGGCGUGUUUAACCGUGUAAAGUUGUAAAAGUUUUUGAAGACACAGCAAAACAAGAUGGCAUUAAAAUGGUUUUAUGUCUCCAUAACAGUGGCCAUGUUGUCUGCAAACUACAGCUGUAUUGCCGAAAUUGUUAGAAUGCCCCUGCAGCCAACAAUAUCUACGGUGGCAAUGUCUGUUAUACCUUUGAAUGAAAGCUUCUCUGUGUGUGUUCUUGUUUUCUUUGGACCUUCCGAUACAGAGAUCAAAUUCAACGGCGACACCCUGGAAGUCUCCAGAGAACAUGUAGAUGAAUUUGAGGUCUACAUGGUGAACAAUAAUGCCAACAUGGAUAGAAGAAUAACCUUAAAGUCGAAAUCAAAAGGAGAAACAAUUACAAUGUAUCCAAACUUUAACUACAACCUCCCUAUUAAAUCAAGCUUUAUUGAAAACACCUGCUAUGUCAAGAUAGAAAAGGAUGCAAUGGGAGAACGCACAAAAUAUACAGCUACAGUAACAUCAUUUGCAGAAAGAGAGGACUUGGAGAAUUUGUCCAAAUAUUUUAUUGCAUACAUACGCGAUAGAUCAGGCGCCCGUGUACAAUUAUCGACACGCCAUCUGAAUGAAACUGAAAAUGAAAAUGUUGUCAGUUAUUAUAAAUACCUCGACACUUACUAUUCAGGAAGUAAAACUGACAGUUGCAGUGAGUACUAUUCGAUUCUGAACUAUUCCGCGAUCGAAGCAGAUGGUAUCACUGUCGAAAGUUUUGGCUUUGUUUUGAAUGUUUCAAGUUCAGAUUACUAUGGAAACGACAUGACAAUUAAUCGCAGUUGGUAUUAUCAGAUCGUUUAAAAGCAUAAUUUGAAAUCUGUUCAAUACCAAUACCUAUAAGUUUUGAAAUAAACGAAAUAAUGCUUCAGAA